AUGGCCGAAACUCCCAUCAAGGAGUUGGAAGCGUUUCAUCGAAGAAUCAGUAAUUUUGAGACAACUCACUUGGAUCGAGAAGUAAAAGAGCUUGAGUAAGUCGUUUUUCUUCUUGUUUUAUUCGGUGUUUAGGGAUCUAGUGAGAGAAAUUGCCCAGAAAGAGAGAAGUGCCACAAGUAACUUCAUCGAGGAGAGGAAUAAAAAUGAAAUCAACGUAAGUUUAUUGUACUAGGUAGUGGCGGCGAAGAAUUUCGUUCGAUAGGUCCUGGCUUAAAUUUGUUUAUGCAUUAAAAACGAUAGGAGAGGUAAAUUACUUCUCAUCCGAUCUUUUAAGAUCUGGAUUCUUAGUUUAUUUCUGAUUUUUGGGCCUUAUAUUGUACUAGACCCCUAACUGCUACGAUUUAACUUUACGAGCUUUUGGUCUGCUCUCCUACCGUUUAUACUUUCAUCAUUGGCCAAACACAACAUAGGAAGCUCCAUUGACUCAUAUUCUCAUCACCUUUUUAUGUUUUCCUCAAAAAACGGAAUUCCGAUAAUUUAUGCAAAUUUUGCCCUUUCAGAAUCGUCAGAACCGGGAAUUCACACACGAGGUGGACAAACUGCGAAAGGAGCUUGCGCAGAAAAACAAACUCUUGGCCGAGUUCAAGAGCGAACAAAUGGCACGGAAACUGACUUCUGACCAAAAAUCGCCUGAAUCCAAGGAGAUACUGGAACUGAAGAAAAAAGUCGGCGAACUUCAACAUCGCCUUCAGACUGUGAGUCAAUUUGCAUUUUUUGUUCGCUGUUUAGGUCAUGCGACAAUUUUCGGGGUCUUGCGACAUUGUUUUGGUCGCCCCUCUUUUUUGGUGGCCAAGGUGAAGAUAAAUCACUUUUUUCGGACGGACCGCGCUGUUUUUUGGUAGAAAGGCAUUGUAUUCUACUGAAAGGGGAUGGUUUUAGUCCUGAUUUUGCUAAAACUAUGCGGAAUCAUCUAUAUUUUCUGCUGCCAUUUGAUUAAAUUUGUUCGAUGGGUGUUCAAAGUAGGUAUAAGAUGGAAAAAAUUUUUCUUGAUGCAGAAAAAAGACCAAAUCAAGGUAUCAUAUCUGCAAGCUUUACGUAGAGGUGUCUUGCAGUAAUUUCAGCGGAAAUUGCAUAGUAGUUUACCUGUUUUUGCAAUUUUUCUGCAUGAUUUUGCUUGGCAUACUAACUUUUUUCGAAAAUUCAAAAAAUUUCUGUAAAAUGUUCGGGUUUUCGGUUGGAUUUGGAAAUGAUUUUGAAAUUUUCAGCGAACGGACGAAAACCAUCGACUGACAACACAACUGGAACAGUACAAAAAGCAGUGCGAAGCCUACAAAACCAAGUGUAUUGAGAUGGAGAGUGGAAGGCAUGGGUUCUCAGAGACCAAUGUAUGUCGUUUUUAUACAGUGAAAUUGUGUUUUAGGUUAUAAUUUGCUUUUUUGGAGGACAUAAGUUGAGAAUUUUUGGGAGAUCUUGAAAAAUUUAUAUUAUGUGGUAAAUAAAUGGAUUUUUGGAAGGUUUAAUGGUAUUUUUAGAUCUCAAAGAGUAGAUUGGGGAAAAACAAAGUGGUUUAAAGAAAAGGAAAUUAAAAUUUUUACUGAUAUUUUCAAGAUUUACCUUAUUUUAUAUUACUUUAGAUGAUGGGAAGUCUCCAAACGACGGUUGAAGCUCAAAACGCCCUUUCCAAACAGCUGACCACCGAACUCGAGCUCUGCCGACAACGAUGCACCACGCUGGAAACGGCGCUCCACUCAAGUAUGGAAGAAUUGGAGGAAUUCCGAGCAAGUUCCAAGAAUUUGAGCAAAGAACUGGAAGAACAAGGUCAUUCUAUGGACGAGGUGCACAAAAUUUUGGGCAAUGAGAUCAGCCUGGUGAAGCAACAGAAGGCCAAGCUGCGUUGCGAGUUUUUGAAGUGCAAAUCGGACCUUGUGGCGGCCGAAAGAGACCUUCAUGAUUUGCAGAGGGAACACGGGGAAUGCACGCAGAGGAUCGCGAAUUUUGAGAAGGAUUUGGAAAUCGAGAAGAAGCUGAGACACGCGGCAAUCGCCGACAGAGAUGAGGCUAAGAGAACGGAGAAGGAGCUGAAAGAAAAGUUGGAGAAAGUCGAAGCCGAGUUCAAGGGAGAAGCCGCAAAAUUGGGGGCUAUUGUGGCCAAAGCGGAAGAUCAGACAACGAAAUUGAAGGAAUUUGUCAAACAACAGGAUAAACAGUGUGAUGAAUUGGCGGUAAGUGAUUUUUGAGAGGGUGUUUGGGAACUUUUUGGACAUUUUUUGUUAUACAGGGUGUCCAGAGAAAUUCCGCGGAAAGUGUUUGCCGAUUUCUCGGAGCUCAGUCAAGAUAUCCAAAAAAUUCUUGUUGCAUUAGAAAGAAGAAUAUGGGCGGUUUUUUGUCUAAAAAAGUUUUUUUGUCCGCCGACGCGGAACAUACUGUAUUCGGCGGAGACUUUUGGUAGCUUUUUUGGUCAUCACACCAAUCUUAAAAGCUUCAGUACGACUUCUGAGGGUUAAAAAGAGAAUGUUAUCUUAUUUUUAUGUUUACCAAACGUUCGGCAAUGGAAUGGCGAGCUUUCCGUAUCGGCGGAGGCCACAACUCAGCUUUGGAUAGGAGAUGUCCCAAACAUUAUGUGGCUAGCAUUCUUUGCUGAUCCCAUAUGCUCUCCAAAAUUUUGUCGCCAAGCCUUGGCAGCAGCUUAGCCAUCAGUAAACGACUUGGUGUACCAGAAAACAACAAGAUAUUUUUUGUUUGAACUUCUCUUUGCCCCGGUGUUUCAAACCUCCGCACGAUGCGGUCGGACUUCAUCGCUGUUGACGCAACUACACAGUGCGGUUCAGUCGCUAAAUGCGAUUGCAUAGCGUUGGCGUCGGUCCCCUGAUCCUCUGUGGAAAAAACUGAAGGCUUCCCGAUAGUUUCAGGAUCAUAGUAAAGCGUUUAAGAUUGGUGUGAUGACCAAAAAAGCUACCAAAAGUCUCCGCCGAAUACAGUAUGCUCCGAGUCGGCGGACAAAAAACUUUUUUAGACAAAAAACCGCCCAUAGUCUUCUUUCUAAUGCAAAAAGAUUUUUUUUUAUAUCUUGCCUAAGCGCCGAGAAAUCGGCAAACACUUUCCGCGGAAUUUCUCUGGACACCCUGUAUUGUAGUAGAUGUGUUAUAUAUCCUUAUAUUUUUUUUGCUGGUUUUGGAAGGAUUUUUGGGUUAAGAUUAAUAUAGAAGCCCUGUAUGAUAUUUUAAGUCUUGUUUGAAACCAGCGAGUUUGUUUAUAUCGAGUUAACAGGCAUUUUUCGCAAAAAUUAUACUGCACUAGGUAAAAUUUUGAAAUUUUUGAGUUUUUAUUGGUUAAUUUGAGUGUUUAUGGAUUGUUAUGAAACCCGAGGAAGCUCAAGGUAUUCAAAAAGAUUGAUUGAAGUUGUAGUUUUGUAGUUUACUUUUUUAUCGGCUAAUUUUAGAAUCAAGUCCAAUUUUUGGCCGAUGAGCUUGAAACAUACAAAAAGAAGUGCCAUGACAAGACGAAUGAGAUUGCCGAAUUGCGCAGAAAGGCCACAAAUGCUGACAUCCAACAGGUCGAGGUGCAGCGAUUGAAAGAGGAGUUGGGAAGAGCCAAAGAUAAAGUCAUCUUCAUGGAGGUGGGAUAAUAUAAAAUUUGUUUUAAAUUUUGGAAUUAUUGGGUUUCAGAGAGAGAUCAAGACCCUCCAUGUGGACUACCGCGGAGAAUUGGCCGACCUCACCAAGAAAUUAGCCUUGGCGCAGAAGGAAAAUAUCGGUCCAAGUGCAAGAAAACCGGUCGAAGAGAAGCUCAAUAUGUUCAUUGAGAAUCAGAAAAAGCAACUGGAGCAAGAGCUGGCGACAGAAAGAAAGUUACUCAAGGAAAAGACCAUUGAACUUGAGAACUUGAAACGAGAGGUGAGACUUUUUUAUUUUAUGGAGAUUUGCCAUGGAUAAUAUAAAAUUUUUUGAAUUUUUUAUUGGCUUUGAUGAUUUUGACUUGAAAUUUUUAGAGUAUGGCGAAUAAUAGAUUUGAUUUUAGAAAGAAGCCUCGUCGAUGGAAGGAGACCUGAAGAGAAAGACCGUGGAAGCCGCAAAUGCUCUCAAUGAGUGUAUAAUUAAGCUCCAGGCCAGAAACGAAGAGCUCAGCCAGAUGAAAACUGAAAAAGCAGAGAAGGAAAAGGAGCUGGAGCGAGUCUACAGUCAGCUGGUAAGAAAAAAAUUUGAUUUAAUAGGGAUUUGAGGCAUUCUUUGUUAGUGGGUCUAGUGUAAUAUAAGUUUUUGAUUAUAGCUUAUGCGGAUGUUAAUGGAUCUGGAUUAAACGGCGGGUAGAGGGGAAUUGGGGCUUGCUAAAGGGUCUGUGAAAAUUAUGGACUGCAUUUUUGAUAGUUUGGACAGUUUUUUUUGGGUUUGGAUGCCUAUAGGUAUCUGGGAAAAAUGUCGUAUAUCUCGGCGGAACUUAGUUCUUAAGAGUUAUGAUUUUUGACAGUGAAUAAAUAGCUUAUCUAGAUUGUGGGUGAGGAAUCUUCAGCCAUUUGGGUUGUUGAGUUUUUUGUUCAAGCAAUUUAUGUUGUACUAGAAGGACCUAGUGUAAUAUCGACUGAAAAAUUAAAAUUAUAAUUUAUAGCAUUGUCUAAUUUUUCAGGAAGACCGAGAAGAAGAUAUCCAUGAACUCCGGCAACGACUUUCCAAACUCGAGGAGACCAUGUUGUACUGGAAAGCCAUGUACGAAAGGAGAAUGAAUCCAGCUCACUCAGAGUCGGACGACGCUUCAUGCUACACUCAAGACAUCAUGGAGACGAAAGAAAAUCAUCCGGAAGUCCAUCAUGCUGAAGAAGAAGAGAAACAACCGAUGAGAUACGGAAUGAUGAGGCACGAAAUAGCACACCGAUUCAAGAGAGUCUGGAUGGCCAUGCAGAAGAAGAGCUACGAAUGUGCACGGUGCAGAGAGAACUUGCCGGGAGUUUCUACAGCCAUGAAGUGUAGAGGUAAGAGAUUUUGGCUCAUCAAAUUUUAGAUUUUUUUAAAGAAAUAAUGCAAUAAGUUAUUAGGUCGUCCAGAAAGUUCGUUCGUUUUUUUUCAUUGCUUUUUUUUACGAGGAUUGUUUGUCGUUUGGCAAAGGUUAUACAUUUAUUUGAUACACCCAGUUUUGUAGAGGAGAAAAAGCUGUAUCAAAUAAAUAUAUUCCAUUUGCCAAAGAACAAACAAUCCUUGUAAAACAAAGCAAUGAAAAAACGAAAGAACUUUCUGGACGACUUACUAACUUAUCGUAUUUCGUUUUUCAGGCAAAAAAUUUUUUUUUCAAGUCAUUAAUUUUGGAUUUUUUCAGAUUGCAAUGUCUAUGUUCACCUCUCCUGCGCCCGAAGAAUGGGCAAAACUUGCGGUCUCCCCGCCGAUUACGCCCAACUUUAUGUGGACGCUGUAACGGAACAGAAGGUCUUCGCCGACCAAGGAAGCAUAAACCGAUACCACGAUGACCGAAUGGACACCCUAUAA